GCGGCAAAGCAGGGGCGGACAGGCGCGAGGCGCCGUACCCGCGCUACUUCAGUCGACGUCAAGCCGUCGCGACGACGCGUGCGUAUUUCAUUUUACGUCGGUACCGCCGGAGCUCGCGAGACUCGCGUGUUCCGCGCGCGGCGUGACUUGUCGAGCGUGUGCCCACCUGUUCGCGUCGGCGGACGCGAUCGCGACGGGUGGCCCCUCGUGCGUUCACGCAAGUGUGUGCCCCUUCUUUCUCUGUUGCACCCCUUACUCCCUGAAUAAGUGCCCUGCAACGGCCGCGAGAUCGACCGCGCGCGUGGCUCCGAGAAUUGCCCUUCCGAGGAUUCGUCAAGUACUCAUUGGCCUGUGUCGCGAUUGUACAGUCUUGCGAAGAGGGCGACUCUUAGAGUGCUCCCCCGAUCUUCUCGUGACAGAUAAGAGGAUAUCAGAUUUACCAAAGGAUACGCGAAAUAGUCAUUGACUCGUCCGGUCACUGGACAGAUCAUCAUUCUGCGGCUGUCUGGGCGUCGAAUUUGUUCCGGGUGUCGAUUCGCUUGCGGCGAAAGAGUUAUUGAAGGAUUGACGAAAUACCCAUUGAGACUGAUAUCGCCUGUUCAUCAUCCUGAUUAUCGCGAAUCAUCCCUCUUGCGAGGGAUAUGAAAAUGCUCCAAUAAUCCCAAACCGAGUAACCGAGUAACGUCGAUUGAUCUACAAGAUAAUCAUCGUGGAGGAUUGGGAGCGGGUGAAAUUCCCAUCUAGCGUGAUCACAUGAUGAUUUGUAACAUGCCAACGUGCCGUUGAUACGUCACCCAGUGAGAACCGUGUACAACGUGCAGGGAAACUCAGGGGGGAGCAAGAGGCAGCAGUGCUCAGGAAAGUCUCGUUGAUUACCAGUGAAACACAGCUUUGGAUUAUGACUAUUGGAUGACGACCGACAUGGCGACGUCGUAAGAUCGACGCGGCUCCUCAUUCUUCCAUGGAUCAUAAGUGAUAUCGCGGAACAGAAAUGACUAUCACCGUGGGAUUCAGUGAGAGACGUGCUCCUUAACGCGGUUCGUUUGUCCGAAAACGUGGUCCGAGCGUCAUUAUGACGCCUCUGGAUCGCGCAUGAACGAUCACGCGCCACUUCUGAGACCACCUCGUCGAGGACGACCCAGGGCAAGCUGCUGACUCGUGCGACGUGCUUGACGUCUAACAGUGUCUUACGUAGGUGCAUUCGGGGUCGUAAUAAAACAGAAGGAACAGAAGAAAAAAGGAAGAAAAAGGAGAACGCGGUGGUUCACGCGUUCGUGCACGCGAACGGCGUAAAACGGGAGAAUUGCGCGUGAACGCGAAGUUCAUGCGCAAGCACGGACACUCGUCGGCAACGCAGCGGAACGAGUAUAACGUGAGUGUCAUAAAAGAGAAAAAAAAAGCGUGUGAGGGAUGCGGCCCACGGAUGAAGGGUGGGGUCUUUGGGCACCGAUAAGGCUUAUCCGGAGAUACGAUGGCUGGCAACUGGCUGGCACGUCGAGUCACCAGUCGUAGUGCUCAGGUGCCGUCGACGAGAUCGUCGCGUCGAUCAGGUUGCAGCGGUAUCGCGAGUCUGCGCCACGUUCCCUAGUUCCGAGGAGGUAAAUUUCGAGAGUUCCACUUCCGGAUCAGGUGACCGCUGAUAUCGCGAGAAGCCGAGAGGAAUCUCGAGAAGGGUUUCGUAUACGCAUCUACAGCUGGAUCGCAUCGCAACAAGUUUCCAAAGGCACUCCAGUAUCAGUUUGGCGUUCGAAAAGUACACGAAACGAACAGUCGGAUCGAUCGUCGCUACCAAGCGCUGCGAACGACUCGAGACUCCAGCGGGGACAUUCGUCUGGACGCGCGUUAUUGUGCCGUGCUUUAACCAGGUGAUGAGUGUGUGCUCCUCGUGCUAAGAUCCCAGAAUCCUUUCGAAUUUGAAUCGCGUGCGCGAUCCGUGGAACCGCCACGAGUGUGUCCUGGUGCGUCGUUCGCGGUACGUCCGAGACCUAUCCAAGAUAGAGAGGCAGCCUAUUCGCGCACGCACAGUAGAGUUUGGGGGUUGACACCUUCAAACCGCAAGCGUACAAUAAUCCUGUCUUCCUCAAGAAUAAACGAGGCCGAGCGUAGGAGGCACCGACAGCCGGUCGCCAGGCGGGCUCCCAUGAAAAUGUUACAAUCGCUGAACGCUCUGGCGGGUAAGAUCUCGCCGGGCUCACCUACCGACAGCAACGCCAAUAAAGUGCACAUGCAUAACAACAACAAUAAUAACAACAACGUGCAUCACCAUCCUUAUUCGAAACAAGCGCAGCCGUCCCCGUCGCACUCGGCCAACGGCGAUCAGAAGGAAAACACGUAAGUGUCGCUUUAAUCACAUCUGACACUGUUAUCUAUAUAAAGGGACAUACGUAAGUAGUAAAAUCUGUUUUGUUCAACCAAUGCUUACAAAAUUUAGAUGAUUAAUCGUGUAAAGUUCCAUAAUAUGAACAAAUGCUUUUUAUGAAGUGGAAACAAUAUUGCAUGAGAAGUUUUGAUCGCCGCAAAAAGUGGUGCUACAUUCACGUAAAAGUUCGUACGCGCGGUUUACGUACACAACAAUCCUGCAUAAAAUCGAUGUAAAUCAAGUUGCCGAAUAUUUGACGAACGCAGAGACACGUUGCUAAAAAUGUUGCUAAAACAGAUUUCUGUGGAAACGCCGCACCUGAUGAAUUUGUCGCUUGCAGUGACGUUUUUUCUUUUCUUUUUCAAAAAGUCUUUCGUGUAUCACAGCUUCAAACAUGAAAUAUUCGGCGACCGUAUGCGUCGUCUAUGGCCGGCUUCAGUUGUAAAUUUUGUGCGUAAUGAAUUUUUACUUGAGACGCGUGUUGUGUCCACCCGCUAACGUGCUUUUCUUGCGACGUUGUACCGUUUUACGAGCUUUACUUUGCACCGCGUUACGCUUGCACCGGUGUUGAAAAACGGAUUUCAUCGUUGGUCGCCGUGGCACUUAUACACGGCCGGCUUUGCGGCGUGUUACGACAGGGCCGGUUCUAAACCACGAGCCUAUAAUCCGCGGAAGGUUAACGGUGAGCAUAACGGCGUUACUAUAUCCUGUAUAUGGACCAAACUACGCUUUUAACCAUCCAUUAAACCGUUGUGUCCUUAAAUCCUUGGAUGGUCAAUUCUAUGUGUGUACGUUGGGAUUCUUCGUUUCUCACUGUAUAUGUCAAUCGUACAGGUCAAUGGUACUCGCGCCUUAUAUGACGUAUCUCGUUAUAUCGUGUUAUAGAUCUCGUAAUAUUUUACACUCUAUACAUUAUAUGCGUAUACAUUACAUGUUCUAAAAACAGUUUUUUUUUUCAAAUUAUUCAAUUCAAUGAUGAAUUAUAUGAUAUUUUUUUAAUAAAUAAAAUUAUUUAGGAAAGGUAUCGUUAAUAUUUAUUUAUACAUUCAAAUUAUAAAAUAGACGGUAACUGAAUCAUUUUGUGUAUUUUUACCGUCGAAAUACAGAGAGCCAUUCUCAUAUUUAUUUAAACGAUUACAUCAUUAUUAGUAUUAUAUGUUGAUAAUAAAUUUUUACAUAACGUACAAGAAUAUUGUGGGGUUUUUGUACGCAAAAGUAAAUGUUUUUUUAUGGCAAUAUAAAAUAUAUAACACAAAAUGUAAAGAAUUAAUAUUUAAUAGCUGUAUUGUCUAAAAAUAAUCUCAUUUGCGAAAAAAAUUCAAUGAUCAUCUUUGUUGCACUGCACCUGAUUGAUUGAUUGAUCGAUCAAGUUUCAAUUUCGUAGGAGAAACUUUCAAUUUCGUAGGAGAAUAUCCACGGUUGGUUUGUAUGCGUGUUCGAAUACGUUUAGGUCUCUACAUUUCUAUCUCGAACGCGUACGUAUGCCAAGCGAGAGUUUUAUUAAAUUCCGAUGGCGCGCAGUGGAAUGAGAGAAAACGCUUUGUACCAGCCGCGAUCCGAUGUCUGCUCUGCGGAUAUCAUAAAAUAAAAAGUGCUGCGUAAAUGUCUUUGAAAGUAUUGUAGAAAAGAAUCGAUGCUCGGCGUACGAAAAUCGGUAACGAAAAUUCUACGUGCUACGAUAAAAAUAAAAGCUGCAGAGGAUACAAAGAAUAGGCGCAGACAUAAAGUUGACGAUUCAUUCUCGGCGUGAGAGGCGCAAGUUACCGUAGCCGAAAGUUAAAUUAACCUUUGGAUCAAAUAAGAAAAGUUCACGUAUCUCGGAUCGAUCGUCGACGAGCAAGCUUGUCGAGAUAGUUGCUCAAAUUAGUGCGAUUAUAGGAGCAAACCGUCAUCAGGGGGAAAGCACUUUUCGCACAAGCACAGCACAGGAGCGAUUUGUCUUCCGAAACUUUUUUUCGUCGGCCGCGAAAUAUACGGAGAACGGAAUAGAGCUGACGCGAUUUCUUUGCCUCUCGUGGAAAUAAGCGCGAAGUCACUCGACGAAGGAAACGACCGUCCAGUAGCACCAACAUUUUUCCCGGAGCGUAUCCAAGCUUCGGGAGAGAAGGCUCUGUCGGAAGCGCGGACCAGAAAUACCGUAAUCAAGAACGAACUCGGUCUCGGUGCCGGGCAUAGCUAUUUCCUCGGCGAAGAAGUAACGGUGCCACUUAGCCGGCUGGCUUUAAUGUUUACGCGUCGGAACUUUCGGGCGGGUCUCAACUUUUAAAUGCCAGCUUCGUUAAUGCUUCAACUAAAACGUUCAUCAUAACUUUUCGUCGCGCUGCAUACCGAUUCGUCUUCUUUCAUCGCGUUAAAGUCUGCCGAAAAUAUUUGCCAGUCUUGAGCGCGUUCUAGAUUUUUGAUUACGGGACAGAUCCCGAGCGAGAGAACUUCCGAGAAAGAGCCUUAAACGCCGCAUUAUGUCCGGUCUUUUCCACCGCUAGCCAUGAUUCCAUAAUCGAGCAGAAAACGAGAAAAGUUAUGUAGGUGGCGUCGAUUGAUCGUUGUCAGUAACGGCAGUACAUUUUAUAUAUUCAACGAAUAAGUAUUCAACACUAAUGAAAGUAACUAAUAUAUCUAUGACGAAAUAACGUUCAUAGACUCAAAAAUAAAUUAAUCUUAAACAUUCUGUCAGCAAAUUAUUCUACACAUCAAGCUGUUAAAAUAAAACUGACCACCCGUAUGUGCUACCUUACGUGUCUGACUUGUGUAGUUACCAUCUACUUGCGACUGUUUUCUUUAAUAUUAAAUAAUGCAAUCUUCAUUCAUUACGGAGCAAAAUCAUUCCUAUUGGUGCAAUCUAAUCCUGUCUCUCGAUACUUACUUUUCCGUCUUAUUGGCAGUCUUGAGGUACUUAAAGCGCACGAAACGGAUCUCCGCGUUCUGCUCUCUAAUCCACUAAGUGCACGCGAGCGAUUUAUCAUUCAUGCCGUUUGGGUAACCACCGGCGUGCACCGAUAGAACCGCUAUCGAAACUUAAUCUAACCGCCUCACGAGCGUAUCCGACGUACGUAGAUACGCGUCUGAUACGAGACUGCAAAGGCUUAUCAGAAGCGAGUCCGAGAGUCGAUUUGCGAGCUGCUACUGUACAGUGAUGGCAACGAGAGGGAAAAGAGGGUGGUAAGGGUAGACUUUCUGUGGAAAUCUAAUAGAGUUACCUGAGUGCACGCGUCCGAGGAUUACAUGAAAAUACAUCAGGGGUGACUACAGGGGUAGGUUCUGCAUUGCGGUGGUCCAACAAACAUACACACGCGCACACAUUCGUGCGGGGAACGAGGCGUUGUCGAAAAUGCGCCGCGCAGGGUACGCUCGUCGUUGAGGGUUUUAUCGGCGGAUUAGCAUUGCUUUACAUAGUCUCGAACGGGUUUGCACAGGUCGUGAAGCGCGGAGGAAGAGCGGAGGAAGAGCGGUGCAACCCGUCGAGCCCACAAACCGAUUUUCUGCCGGCACAGAGGAUCUUGUAAUCUCGCGUCGACAGGUCGCGGCGCAAAGGGUAACGUAAAAGUACGUCGACAAGUGAAAAGCGAUAUGAGAGCUGUUGAUCCCAGGGAUAUUGUGAUAGCUUGGGAUAACUGCAAUUGUUAAUGCAGAGGAUUCGAUGCACACCGAUGAAUCUGGUUGGUUCUCUCUUGACGCAAACGCACUGUACUGUUGACUCAAAAAUGCAUGGAGCAUUAAUUUUUUAAAUUACAAGCAUAGAAUAUGAGACGAUUUAAAGCAAUGCUAAAAACGUUAAUGUUUAAAUUGCGCUUGAAAGUGGUCAUAAAAUUUUGUGAUUAUAUUAUUUAUUUUAUACACAUGUACACAUACGCAUACACACACGUACACGUGAAUCAAAAUAAUUAUAUCUCUUUGUAAUUUAUAGGUAAUUUGUCAUCGAUAAGCAUAUUAUAAUCGAUGUGGUGUGAAGGAGAUGCUUGAAAUCUGAUUUGCAGCAUUUUUUUCGAACAAAUGGUCCGUCUAACGUAAAACGAUUCUUUUUCGUUAUACGAGAGACAUACUGUCUUCAGAAUAUCUCGUUGAAGUGUAGUAACCUCAGUGCAAUUUGUCUCCUUCGCGUAAACGUAACGAUGAUUCAUUUCGUUGCUGAUGUGACGUUUACAGAAGAAUCUCACAAGCUCACGGUGUGUGACAUGACCCGUGAAAAAGACAUUACGUUUAUAGAUGUAUAUUUGGGAAACACACAAGCUAUGUAAUAUUUUUUAUUAUGAAUAGAUAACGCUCGCUUAAUUCGCUACUUGAGAUUAUCAUUCGUGACUGCUGGAGAAAUGUUCAUUCAAGAACGACAAUUAGUAUUUAUAAUCUCCGCGAAAACAUUAAUUAGCAGCUGAUUGCAAUCGUUGAUUAUCAACUUUAUCUAAUUUCUAGAAAUUCUUUUCUCUCCCGCGCGUUAAUCGGCUCAAAGGAGUAAGGUCGAUUCGCUUAAAACAUUUCUCUCGAUAUUCCGCCUCGAGACGUCUUUUCUUUCGUUACGGAAUUAUUUCGCGUUUCCCCGAGACACGGUUUUCUCAAAUAUUCGCGGGGUACAAAGCCGUACUUCGGUCGUCGGCGCUACUGGCGGGGUAAUAUAUAUCAAGCAUAAUGGAUAUUAAUUAGAGUGUAUUUUAAUAGAGGAACAAUUAAGAAAGUGGGUCGCACGACCGGCGCAAGAAGCGGCAAGGCGAGAGUGGCAACGACCGCGAUUUACGCCACGUGGGGGGAAAGAGGGAUCGCACGCAGGAGUUUUACACGAUGGGUUUCAUUAUCUGUCUUCAGCGGCAUAAUAGGGGCGCCUCUAAUUAGAAUGUGCCGUGCGAUGCUUUUGUCCUCGAAAAAAGAGGAAGAAACCUGAAGAAGAGGCGCGACCGGAAGGAAACGGGAGACAUAGGCAGCAUGCUGCUCUCUCGUCCCUCCGUCGCGCGACCAACCAAUUUAUCUCUGUUCCAUCUUUCUCUUGCUUUCUCUUUUUCUUAAAUCAUAAAGUUUCCUCGAUUUUCUCGCGGUGAUUCUUCUUCGGUAAGAAUGUACCUGAAAAACUAUGCGUUCUCGCCAUCGCGAGCGUCCCGCGGGACGAACUAUUUCGAUGUCUGUAUAAGUUUUCGCCUUGCUACUUACACACUGCUACCAUCCCGUCUAUAAUAAGAUACACGAAUGUAAUUUAACUCGCGGGGUCUUCUAUAAGAGGACAUAAAUUUGAAAGUUCGCGCGGCCCAGAAGCCAUUUUCGUUCCACCCUACUAAUUAUGACGUGAGAUUUAUGCCGCGGCCAUUAAGACUUAUUCGCACAAAUAAGUAUUACUUUACUGCGAGGAUGAAUUACUCGAUUUAUCUGUUUGGCUUAUUGCGCGCGAAACACACACAAGUCGCAAUGGCUGCGAAACAGCCAAUCGCGCAAAACGAAUUUUUAUUAUCUGGAUCACGAUACUCUGGCAUUCAGUUUUUUUGAUCUGUCAUGCAGUUCACACAAUGAACACAAAGAGAAAUGGAUGAAAUAUUUGAUAUUGAGUAACUGAUCGUUCUUGCAAAAAGGAAAUCCAUAACUCGUUUAUUCUACAAUUGAUACAUGUAAUUGCAAUAAUUUUUCAGCUAUCUUAAGUCGAUGAAAAAACUCACUUGAGUUUUUAUUCAUGUUGUUAAACGCAUGGCCAAGAAAUGAAAUAUUUAAAACUUCAAUAGUAAUAUUAAAUAUAUCAUGGAAACGAUUCUGAUAACCUGAUGCUUGAAAAAGUGGAAUAGUAUCGCCAUAUUUCGUGGUACCAAUCGAUACCAUAUUACGGGCUUUGGCGGGCGUGUUCAAGUUAAAUACAUCCUCUACGGGCGGGAAGUUUCCGCGCCUCGGCGGAUAAAAUCCCUUAAGAGACGGAGAAAAAGGUUGGCGCGAACGAAGAAGGCACACACACAGAGAGGCAGAGAGAGGGAAUAAAAUGAUGAGAGGAUCUCUCUUGAAGAAGGUAGUGGCGAGCGAGCGAAAACAUUUGAAUAGAGGUGUCUCGAGGUCGUUCCACCCGUAUUUUCCGGUCACGACGAAGAGAGAGAGAGAGAGAGAGAGAGGGAAAGGGAGAGAGUAGUCCGAUGCUAGGUUGUCUGGGGAUAAAUUAAGACGGUGGAGAAUCGUGAAACUUUAAUUGCAUGUACUUUGGAUCCGCUCGAUCGACCUGCGUAUCGGCGAUCGAGCGUUUACGACUCGCGAUCCACAUCGGACGAGUCUCCGAGCGACGAUAAGAUCUGACAUCGAAGAAGCGCGCCAGCGGUGAAGAGGAGAGGGCAGGCAACCCCCUUGAAACGUUCGAUCGGAUUCAAUGAAGAGUGGAAGAGAGCAGGCGGGAGAUGGGAGGAGGACGACGACGAUGGUGGUGGUGGUGUCCGGGCGGGUUCGGUGCGGAAUAGAAAGAACGGAGCCAGAAUUAUGCAGAUACCGGAUAUCCGAUGUAGGUAGUCGGGUAUUCUUCUCUGGGCCGGUCCUUUAGCCAAUAGACAUCUGGGAUUUCCUGAAUUGAAUGUAAAUUACCUUUUGCUCCGUUCGCGAAACGGAUCUAUCGUUAAGCUCCUGCAAAUAAGGGAGCACCCACCGUUCCCUGUCGCCACCCUGUCUCCUUCCUUCUCUUCUCCACGGCACUCGCCUUUUUUUUCGUAGCGGCGGGAGCGCGAAUUGCUCGUCGAAGCGAAGUGAGGAAGACGGUGGCCGCGUCGAUGUCGACUAAGAGAAAGGGAUGGGUAAGACUACUACUUUGCGAGCGAGGAAAAAACGGAGGAAAAUCUCCGACUUCUUCCGCGGCAGCGAUCUUCUCCUCCGUCACGUCGACAGAAUGUGCCGACGAUCUGCCAUACUGCGCGGCUGGCGUACAUUAAUUUUCCUAUGUUGCGGCGGCAGUGGAAUCGAAUUUGCGCGGCAUUGUCCGGUAAUCGGAUUUACUUAAUGCACGAAACGACGCGUGAUUAAGCGGCCGCGCGUGAUACCCGCGGAGCCACGGCGUAAUGACCCGAUCGUGCCUAAUUGCAGGCCGAACGGGAUGCGAAAAUAUUUUGGUACACUUGCACGCCAUUCACGUGCGAUGACAUAAGAUUAACGCUCGAUAACGGGAAACGCGCAUUAGCCAAAAUCACCCUGUUCUGAUAUUUUCCGUAAUUCGUGGUCUGGUAAUCUCAUUGUUCAUUAAAUUUUAAACAGAAAUGAAUUCUUAAUAGAAUCUAAAUUCAUAUAUCAUAUAAAUAAUUUCCUCUCUUUCUUCCCCCCCUCUCUGUCUUACCGAAAAAUCGUUUUCGAAAUUGAUUACCAAAUUCGUCGACACAGUUCUGAUGUCUCGUUCACGUCUGGCGAAUCAAAUAUCCGUGAGUCGCUUUAGCGUUACACAGUUUCCACGUUUGCGUCGUGGCCGAUCGCUCGUGAGUAACGUAUGCAAAUCGAUCGAUCAUCGUCGCCAAGAGAAGAGCAGUCUCGCGCACGCCGCGCGUUCAUGCACCGAGCAAAUUAAUUGGUCUACACCGACCGCUACAUAUCACUCGCAUUUACAUAAGCGCGCUCGCGCUCGAGUCCGCGCCCGCGUUUCCUGCGUCAAUUUCGUUAUUACUUGAGUGCCCGGCGCGGCCCCGUCCAACCCCCGCAAUUUCACGCCAACACCACCCCCCGCCAACCGGCCGUGCCGCCCUAUCGAAAAGACCGGACCGGUUCAGACGGGCGUUAGUAAUGUGUGCAGGCGCGAUGAAAUGCAAACAGGCGCAAUAUUAUUCAUUGUUCGCCGGCUUUACACGUAGCGGGCUUUGCCGGUGCUCGGCAGGGCCGAAUGCCGUCAGGGAUGGAUCUAUUUGCUUUACGUCUCGGAAACGUUCACGUCGUAAUUAAUCGAAUGCAUUUACUCGGCGCAUACCUGGCCCCCUUUUUUCGCAUUCAUACCGCGCGCGAAAUAUCCGCGUACGUCGAGCUGUCCGUUCGUGCAAAUACGGCGCGUUCCAGAUCAACCGCAUUCGCUUCAGUCGACGUACAUACGCUACGUACGUAUUUGUGACAUUUACGAAAGUGUAUCGCGUGCACAGCUCUAUAUAACUGACGAUAUUUUCCUCGCCGGUUGUAUUGACAUUAUCAUCCCUCGUAUCUCGUAUUACACAACGGAGCGUUAUACGACGCGCGAACGCACCAAAGAGUAUUGAAAUAAUAAAUUCUCCGUAGCAUAUUUAAUAAUCGUUUAAAAUUGCUUUUGGACUAUUAUUAUUCCAUAUUUAAAAAUUGUCUCUAAUCCUAAUGAAUUGCGCUACAACAGAUUUUCAACUUCAGCAAAGUUAUUAUAGAAACCUGGACGUUCGCAAACUUAAUUCUGGUGAUAAAUGAUUUAUAAAUAUUUGCACUAAUAAUCAUCUAAUCCGCUCGUCGUAUCAGCUAAUCCGUCAGAGUGAGCAAACAUGAACAGCGAGAUAUCAAAUGCGGAAACUUUACAGCCUCGCUUGAAGUCCUGUUACAUUAUUUGUGAACUUGGUUGUAAUUAUGCAAUAGUUCACCGCAGUCCCGUAAUAAGCUCAAGUUUGCGUGUUUACCGUAUUCGAAAUGACCAAGUUUGGUUUUAUCGUCUUGCGGAUUAUGAAAAUUUAAUGAAGAGUGUUUUCUUUCUUUCUUUGCAUCAACCUUCGAUUAUUUCUCGCACACGUACAAUAAUGCACGUGGGUGGAGUAUUGAUGGUUCCUAGAGAUGCUUAAAUAUUAAAUAACAUACCAAUCGCGCAUAGGCACACGCGGCCUCAAGGCUGAAUUAUUAUGGACGGCAACAAUUGAAUUACGCUGUAAUUAUGUAAUCGUUCACCGCAACCCAAUAUGUAACAAGUCCGAGUUUGCGUGUCGCUGAGCCCGGCAUGAUUACUAUUAUAUGAUUUCAUUCAUUAUACAAUAAAUCAGAGCGCUUGUAUAUUCCAAGAGAAUGUGCGUCGGCGCAUAAGCACGAUAAAUAAUUAGCUGGCGAAUUUGCUGAAAAUUUACAGUCUAUCUAACUUCGUUAUGGCUCUCGGCGCAAGUGAGUAGCGAAUAGAAAUGCAACAUAAAUCAAAAAGCCGAAACUGAAUUAUCCCCUCAUGCAUCUCUUUCUUGUUAUACAUUAUUUCAUUUUUAAAGAAACAUAAUGGUAUAUACAUCAUAUUGUACACGUGCCAAUAAUAUGAACCGUAAUAAUGGCUUGCAUUUUAUGUCUUUAUAACUAUAUAUUCCACUUUAACAAUGUACCUACUAUUAUUCAUCUUUUUCAGAAAAAAUAAAAAUGUUCCAUUAUGGGACGUUAAUUGGCUUACGUAUGCAAGAACAUUGCGUCUCAAUUAUGGUAGUUAAAAUUAAUUAUGAUAGUUUAAAUGGAAAACUGAAAUUAAUUUAUAUCUGCAUACAUGAAAUUGAUGUUUAUUGUUAAGAAGUAUUUAGUAUUUAUUUUAUUUCUGCUUUUGAUUUUGUAUAAUUAUUUUAUUUCCAGGUUUUUGUCUCUUUCUGGAUCAUAUAGCCUUCGUUGCAAUACGGAAAGGAAAAUUCUAUUCGUUGAUAGCGCUAAGCGGAGUUGGUGCAACUCAAUGUUAAUGGAUCAUGCUUUUCCUUUUUCAGCAAAACGGUAUCGCGUCUGCGAAACUUUUCCUCGAGCCAAUUUUAUGUUCGCCCUUUGGCGACGUAGCUUCCUUUAUAACAAGUUGGCUUGCGACAAGCGCGACGGUGGACAGGAAAAUAGUCAACCGGACGAAAAAACGCGAGAAGGAAGAGGUGGUGAACAGAAAGGGAGAUCUUCGUUACCUAAGACUACAAUUCUAAAUUAGCUUGGCCAACGAAGCUUGUUGUACGCCCGAAGGGCUCUCGCUAAACUCGCGUGUAAAAAGCGAAUUCUCUUCAUUGUAUGCAAUACUCUCAUCAUUCUACAACUGAUGCAUUUACCUCAUUUUCUCUCCGCGAUCCUUGGAUUGUUUUUCUCUCAUCUGCGUAAAUUCUUACUUUUUGUCGUCAUCAUCAAGAACGAAAUCGUUCAAAGGAAAGAAUGUCAAAUUAGAUAUUUCGAAGGUAUUAAUAUCUUUAAUGUUGCACUAAUUUUCCAUUUCAUUCCGGAAUUUCAGAUUUGUUAUUUUCAUAAUUAUGCGUAAUACUAUCGAUUUAUGAGAAAACAAUAUUUAUUUAAAUCGCUGAAUAAUACUGAAUAAAAAAUUGAUUAUUUUUAGUCUUUUAUCAUUGUGAAAAAUUGAGUUUCUGUUAAAAUGGUUUUUUAAUAUAAAUAAAUGUCAUGAAUGUAAUGAAUGCUGUCAGUAAUAAAAUACUUGAGUAUAUACAUAUCAAUACAAUAUUUAAAUAAAAUAGGGAAAUAUAUAUAUACUGCGACAAAAAAUAUUUUUAUUAACUUCUUUAGGUUUAUAUUAAUUUUAGUCACACAAGUAACCGAUCUUAUUACCAAUUAAAACUUUCUCUGUAAGAAGCCUCUUAUAAAUUUAACGACAAGAUAGAGAGAUAGAGAUAGAGAGAGAGAGAGAGAGAGAGAGAGAGAGAGAGAGAGAGAGAGCGGGGGGGGAGGGAGAGAGAAGAAGAUCAUAUUGUAUUUUUUAUAUAUGAGUAAUUCAAUUAAGGGGACAGCCACGGUACUCCCCAUGGAAACACGGCUUCGAGGAGAGCAUACAUCCACUCGAGGCAUGAUGUCUCAUUUUAUGUAAUGAAAACGUCCCAUCCUUAUUCCACUUUCAAGCACCGUCGAGAACUUUUCUCGAAGAAGUUAAGAAGUCAAGUACGCUGCGUAAUACCUAAAAACUGAAGCGAUGCAGGGAGGAUGUUGUACCUACAUCGGAACCCAGUUUCCCCGAGAAGCGAAGCUGCAUCAGUAAAAAAAAAAAGAAACUCGCAUACUUUGGUCGCCCACUUCCACUCUCUUACUCUUUAACCCUCGAAGUUUAUUCCCGCAGCCUUCAAACAUUGCUCUCUCCUUUUUGCAUGCUGAAGUAUGAACUACCGAACUACGGAUAUUACUGGUAGCAAGUCGAAGAGGCAUAAGUUAUACGAAAUACAUGACAUCGAUGCGUUUUGACUCGUGUCAAUAUUAAUUACGCUUCUAACGCUAUUUAUUGCUUGAAUACUAAUUAAUUCCAAUAUAUAUCUUUUCGUGAAAAAUCUUAAACAAGUUCCAUUUUUGAUUAAAUAGUUUAUAUUAUUUCCAGCAUCUCAAAAUAUCUUGUAAUGUAUCCCAUGAAAAAACAUGCACCUUUUACAUGCUCCUUUUAUGCAGAUUACAGCACAUUGUUACCGUUUACCUCUUUUAUAGCUCUCGAAUUAAAUUCCUUUGCUUUUUCUUUUUUACUUUAUUUAAAUUCCCGCAUUUUCCAUGCUGCUUUUGAACAGCAAACAUAAGGAUGCGCAUUUUCAACGUAGCUUGAAGUCUAUACGUAAUUAUUCGUGGUAAUGAAAUUUCCUCGUUUUUGAAGCUGUUAUACCCAAGAAUGGUGUAACGCGCGAGGUACAAAGAAAUCGUAAUGUUGGUGACGUUCGGUCACACUGACAGAUACCGCGCGGUCGGUUGAAAAUACUUUUUGACAGACGAAAUAAGGUGUUGGAGAAAUAUGUGCCUACAGCGUCAAAGCCGACGUUAUUCAGAAUGAAAUAUGAUGCAAACGGCUGACAGUGCCGAACGCGGCGGAAAGAGAUUAUGUGUCCGUAGAAAAACUGACUCUCCUCCACCGGUAAAUAAGAUCCUCCGCGUUCUGCCGCUUGCUCUUCAGUCCUUGAAUCCAAUCCCCGAGACCUCCUCGCUCGCUCCCAUCUUCUCGGAGAAGGAACGAGCCCGAGAGACGUUGCUUACCUCGCGAAGGUGGAAAGCGCCUUUUUUGUGCCUCUUAAGCUCCGGCUACGCUUUUCUCGCCUCGGUGCUCCGAACGGAAUAUCAGUUUACGCGCGGAACCUCCUCGACGCUUCUUCUUCUUCUUCUUCUUCCAGCUUCUCACCUUUGUAGUGGAAUAUGGCCGCCUAUUCGCGCACGAUCUUCUAGAGAUUCUUCCACCGUACUCCCGCAAUGCGAGGGCAUAUCCGAUAUCGACGUCAAUAAAAAAGUGCGAGUGUUUCAGUUCCAUAUUUCCGCGCCCUUCGAUAAAUUACGAUCAAGUGAAGGAAUUCGCAAUAGUUCUGACCUGUAAAGAUAUUGGUAUUGGUCUGCCGACACUCAUCAUUUUGCAAGUUUUGAAAAACCUACCAAAUGGCUUUGCUCCGACAGUAUUUAAUUAAUUUGUCAAUAUAAAAUAUUUGAAUUUCUAUCAAUAAAAUCUUUUUCCUGAAAGGGUUCACUCUCCUUAGAAAACAGAAGCAAACUGGGACACCUUGUAUACAGCAUCAAAGUUAUUUGCUAUUUAAGCAUGGAAAGCUAUUUACGGCGAUAAAUUUCUGUCACGCGCGCGGACGGGGACCAGGGACGUUAUCCAGAACAUUUUCGUUUAUGUUUACAUACGCAUUCCUAGAUAAUAUCGUCCCACGACCUUAGUCCUCGAACGAAUUCGAACUGAUCUCAGUCGAAUUCGCGCUGCGAACCGGUACGCAGACUUUUCGAACGGCUCGAACGCCUCGAUCUUUGUCACUUCUGUUCUUCGUACAUUUUCAUCGAUUCUCCGAGCGUCGUUUGAUAAUCUUGAAUUCCAUUUUCCAAGUUCAGGAAAUAAAUCCGAGUGUUUGUGUUGGACGAUUCAAACUGCGCUGGUAGCGGAUUCCCAUUGGUAAGUAACUGGCAACGUGCACGUCCACAUGUUCGAGCUCGUUCGUUUCAUCUCGCGAUCAAUCUUUUCCUAAGCGAUCCUUGCACGAAUAAUAUUGAUUUUUUAUCUGUCACAGGUCGUCUAAAAAAAUAUAUUAAAUCAUUCACACACGAGAGAAGGUUUGCUUUUAUCAAAAGUUUUAAUCGAAAAAUUUAAUCGCGUCUGACGCCUAUAUUAACCUUUUGGUUGUCUCUCUUGCUUCCUCGUGGUUUACUUUAAUCGAUACUAACUUAACACAUUCACUGCCAACCGUAUUUCAGUUGAUUUUCCGUUUACGUCAACUGGAUAAUUAAGAUUCACCUAAUAUGUUUAUAUAAUCAUUUUUUUCAUAGUAAUAAAUCAUAAUACUGAAUUAUUUGCAAAUGCAUGCUGUCUGUUACGCUUUUCUCGGUUAUCAUUAUAACGAUGAAUAUAUUAGUACAUCGUUUCAUUAUAACAACGCACGACAUGAGCAGAUUGUGCUAUUAUAAUAUCUAGUCAUUUGAAGAAUUCGUUCCAUCAACAUUAUUAACACAGUACUUCGAUAACAUUCGUGUAAGGGUCCUUCACACCGGACCGUGAUCUCAGUCGAUUAUUGCAUCGAGUGUGUUCAUUCGAGUUAAUUAAACGUAACAGGACACUCUUCGUCUCUGAUGAGGUCCGCCAGUUAAUAAAAUUUGAAUUUCAAAUUCCGUCGUCGCACUAGUCGACCGGGAAGUCGACGACGAAACGAGCAGCGAACGGUAACCAGCGGUUAUCGGUUGAUUUUAUAUGUUUGGGCAACUCUUUGUUGUAUCAAUUGCAGUGCACGUCGUGUAAUCCGAGAGAGAACGAUCAAUGUUCGAGCCCUGUGUGAAGACACUGAACGCACCGUUAAACGCGACAGAAUCGGACACCAUGCUCGACUAUAAGCUGUUCGCGAGCGGAGCGAUACAAUUGGAUCAGAACAACAACAAUAGCAUGCCGCAGCCGUCGGAUUGCAUAAUGAACAACAACAGCGUGGAACAGCCAGAUCCGGACAACAUAAAGAUGUUUGUAGGGCAGGUACCUCACGAUAUGGACGAAAACGACCUGAGAACGAUGUUUGAAGAGUAUGGUCGAGUGCAUCAGAUAAAUAUUCUGCGGGACAAGAUCACUGGCAGUCAUAGGGGAUGCUGCUUCGUAACGUUUUACACUAGAAAAGCGGCGCUGGCAGCGCAGAAUGCUCUUCACAACGUCAAAACCUUCAGCGGGAUGCGCCAUCCGAUCCAAAUGAAACCGGCCGACAGCGAAAAUCGAAACGAACGCAAGCUGUUUGUCGGCAUGCUGUCGAAAAAGUUUACGGAGAACGACGUUAGGAACAUGUUCAGCGCUUACGGGAUGAUCGAAGAAUGCUCGGUGCUGAGGGACAGCACCGGGAAGAGUAAAGCCUGUGCCUUCGUUACCUACGCUAGUAAGCAGUAUGCGAUCAACGCUAUCAAAGCUCUGCAUCAUUCCCAGACAAUGGAGGGCUGUUCGUCGCCGUUAGUCGUAAAAUUCGCCGACACGCAAAAGGAGAAGGACCAGAAGAGGAUGCAGCAACUGCAGUCGAAUCUCUGGAAUAUCGCGGGAGUCAACAUCACGCCGCAUUAUCUGGCUAAUGACGCGCAUACCCUGGCGCCCGCGUCAUUGCAGCUGCUGCAGCAGUUGCAGGCGACAACGAGCGCCGCGACUCCAGUAGCUGCAAAUGCGGGGGCGGCGAAUGCGUUGUCGAAUGUGCAACAUCAGUUGCUGCUGCAACAACACCUUGGCCUUGGGGCAGCAACACCCGCGCACGCGGCGCCUCCCGCUGUACCCAGCCCGGCGGAGAUCAACCCCGCAAAUCUGCAAAGCCUGGCAACCCUCGCGUCCCUGAGUAACACCGCUGGUGAGUAUGCGAACGCGGGCGUUUCACCGAUGAGUAUGCAGAAUCUUGUUACCCUGGCAGCUAUGACCGGUGGAAACGGCAAUCUUCAAGUGUCGCCAAACACGUUAAGCGGCCUGGCGAAUUCAACAGCAGGUAUGUCGCUAUCUGCUCUUCUGGGAAAAACAGGAAAUACAGGGUCUACCGGAGGCAGUCUUAGUCCUGUCACAUCUCUUACACUCAACUCCCUAACGGGGACGCCGCUGAAUGGGCUUCAGGAUUCGUUGAGCAACGCUUACUCCAGCUUGCAGCAAUAUGCAGCUCUCAUUGGAAAGACGACGGUGACCGUGGAAAAGAAAGAGUUGCAUAGGUUCCCCGCGUUCACGGCGGCAGCGGCCGCUGCGGCGGCGGCGGCACAGAAAACGAAGUUCACCAACACGGACAAGCAAAUCGAGGGUCCCGAAGGCUGCAACCUCUUCAUCUACCACUUACCGCAGGAAUUCAGUGACACAGACCUUAUCUCCACCUUCUUGCCUUUUGGCAAUGUCAUAUCCGCCAAAGUUUUCAUAGAUAAGCACACACACAUGAGCAAAUGCUUCGGUUUUGUAUCAUAUGACAACGUGUCAAGCGCGCAAGCGGCGAUCCAAACAAUGCAUGGUUUCCAGAUCGGCAUGAAGCGGCUCAAAGUUCAGCUGAAGCGAUCCAAGGACGCCUCCAAGCCAUACUAGCCGACGUCACAGAGUGUUCGUAGCAGGUGGCCUGUGACGUUGUGACCGUGUACUCUCGAUCGGAGUCGCCGUGCCAUGUCAGUCUCAGUCAGUCAAAUCGGUAUCGAUCGUUCGUCCGACCGGUCGAUCGAUCAAUCACGAUUCCUCCGGUCAGUCUCUCGAUCAGUCUCUAUCUGUGUCUGUCGGUGCCUGUACAAAGAACGACGCGCUCUCACUUUCGCCGUAAGACCCUUCGCCGUGUCGACCUCUUUUCUCUCUUCAUCUCGCCCUACCUCGACCUCUCUCGCGAUCAUAUCACCUGUCCUGCGAAGUUGCGACGUCGCUCGUGCUGCGAGGAUCGCCGACAAUCCUCGGAAGUCGCGUCUCGUCCUCUCGAUCGCAGGCGAAAUGCAGGCGGGACGAAUCUUCGUCGGCCAUCGGACUCGCAGGAGAAUUGACGAUGCUGCGACGUGCAAAGAGUCACGACCGAGAUACUGCACGCGUGCAGAGGAACACGACGAGAGGAGGUCCAAGAACAUGGGAGCUUGGAAGGCGAAGGAUGACGCACCGAUGACUGAGCUGGGUUCCUCGAGCGAAGCUAACGCGCUAUGUUAACUGUCUCUGUCCACAUCUGCCACUUGUGUAUAUAAAAAACAGAUAUAUAAAUAUAUUAUACAUAUAUGUACAUACGCAUAUAUGUAUACGUGUGUGUGUGUGAUACGUGCGUGCGUACGCGCGUCGAGAGCGCAACGAGGAUCUAUGUGGCUAAUUAGCGAUAGACGGCGAAUCGUACUUUAGGAUGAAAAGGGACAAAAGAAAAGAUGACGAGGAAUACGUGCAGUACCCGUAGCUGUACGAAAGAGAAAAGAAUUUCUUAUACAUAAUUAUACAUAUACAUAGGUACAUACAUGUUCAUAAAUCGAAUUAUAUCGACUGAGAACUAUUUUUAUCGGCUCUAUUGUCGAGAUCGCUGUCAACGCCUCGCAGCGCUUGUUUGAUAUACGAAUAUACAUACAUACACAUACACGUCGCGGUAAAUUGAUCAUGUAGACGAGAUGGAUGUAUGUGUGUGUGUAUAUGGACCCGUGUAUGUGUGUGUAUGAAGAAACGCGAGAGACGGAGACUGGAAAGGGAAACGGGAAUGGACGAACAAUUGAUCGUGUGGGACCGGCGCACGCGUGCGAUUUCUUAGGCUUAGAUCGUGCAAACAUACCAAAACCGAAACGGAUACAAAGAAACAAACAAAAUCGAUUAGCUAGCGAAGAAGCGAGUAUAAGACGUGCAUACUUUGUAGUAAUGAUUUUGUGAUAAGAUUAUGUCGUGUUGAGUUGGAUCGGGCUUGAAGCCGCUUCCUGGGUCCGCUAGACCCAGCGAUCCCGAAGCAAAACCCCUGGAGCCAGAUAGCUGAGAAGAUAACACAUCAGGCGUCAUACGCGUUUAUGCGUUGACACGCGCAUCUGAUUCUAUCGCCACCGGAAACGCUUCACGACGAGUAGAUAAGUAUAGAGAUGUGACAAAUUUUUAACGAAUCGUAAUGUCGAACGAGUUUCCCGACCGUGCAUUCGCAUAAUCUUUUUCGUCGGGUUCAUUCACGAGCAUUCUAUGCGAAUAGUCUUAGCUCUUCAAGAAAGCUGGAUACGGGACCGAUCGGACAAGCUGUUUGGUCGACUCGACAAGUUAAGAAACGUCCCCAUGCACAGACGCGACAUGCGGAAUACGUUUUGAGAGAAGGAAUUGCUGCAAUAGUCAUGGAAUUAUGAAAUCAUGGAUUUUCGCAACGAAAUAAUGUGCUCGAGUAGGACUGCAUCAGCGCGCCAAAUCAUUUCAAAUCAUUUCUGACACAGGCUGGAUAUAAAUUUGCUGCCGAAAUAAUAUAAGGCAAAUAUUUUAAGUUUUAGGAAAUAAUAAGUUCUGUCAAUCACGAAAUUAUAACUGAUCAUAGUUCUUGUUAUAACUUGUCAAGGUAUAACAUGAAAUUUCAAAUGUUAUUUAGAGAACAGCUAUUAUUAAUAUUUACAGCUGGAUGAGCGAUGCAAUGGUUAACAAAGCUGUGCAAUAAUUCAAACAAAUAUUUAAUCGAAUGAAAACAGAGUCGAGUAAUAAUAAUUCAUUCUAAUUAAAAAAUGUUUUGAUGUUCAAAGUUUAUUGUUUUUUAAAUAAUUUGUGGACAUUUUUUAAAAAUCUUUUUCAUUUUUCUGAAGAAAACAUAUGAAUAUCGAUUGAGAAAGUAUGUUUACUUCCAUACAUGAUCCAUACGAUUCUAUACGUCGAAAUAGUUGAACUAUAUAUAUAUAUAUAUAUACAUAACUAUAUACAUGUUAAAUCUUUUUUGUUUUUCGCCGAAAUUUUUCUGUCGUAUUGUCAAAUAACGAAAUUUUGUGCAGUUUUUGACGUCCCUGAAGAAAUCAAUACACCAUCUUUUCUCUUGCAAUUGUGUGAGAUCUUUUAUGAUCGCUGUCUAUAUUUCAAGUUUUACAUAUCUUAUGUCGUUCGAUCCUUUAUCUCUUUUUCACUUGUCUGUAUUACAUAAGUUUAUAUACACUCAAUCAAAUGACAAUACUUAAUCUUGUUAUGUCGACGACAACAUUGACAUGCACACGUGCGUUAAACCAAAUGAACGGAGCAACCGACGUCGUUGCAAGUAAAAUUCAUAUUAACGGGCGAAUUUUAUUAGGCAUUUGCGAUUGUCUUUGACAAGCAAAGAACGUCGCGCUCUGUAUGAGUUACCAAAGAUGUGUCUUUAAUUAACUGAUGUACUUACGCAACGCUAAUGACUAAUCCACGCCAGUGUUGAGUGUCUACGCAUGAACAAGAACUACCUAUGUGUGCAAAACAAUAUCUUACUAUUAAAAAAACUAUUGUCUUACAUGCAAUAUAAGCCAACAAAUGAUAAAAAGAGAAGUUCUGUUAUCUUACAUUCAUGUAUUUAAAAGAUAUAAACCACACUAAAUUAGAAUAUUUAUAAAAACAUUUCUGAUACACAUAGUGAUAUUAUAGGAAUACAUUAAAAAAUUAUUUAAACAUGUUUUCUUAAACACUUAGAAAUAACUUUCUUGGCAUGAAAUAUGAUGUCUCAAAAUUGCAAGGAAAAUAUCAUAAGUUUUAAAAAAGCAUAGUUUCGGUGUUCAUAUCAUGCGUAGAUAAUCAAUAUUGAUCUACACACAUCAAGUCGAUUAUAACUAAUAAUAGAAAACGAGCACGCGUACACGUUAGUCUUGUGCGUACAUACAAAUAGAACCUAGUCACAAAUAUGAACGGUUGAAAAAUCAGUUUUAUGUUCGUGUCAUUUUCAUCAUUGUCCUCCAGCACGUGCGUUAAUAUUGUUGUUAGUGCUGCUAUGUUUAUUACGGCUAUUACUGCUACGUUUAUUCUUACUAGUUAUAUCUGUUCUAAUUUGAUUGCUAUUAUUAUUAGGAUAAUUAUUAUGGCUAUUAUUAUUCUCUUCUUUACGAUUACUAUUAUAUUUCAUUAUUAGUAUUAUUAUAUAUUAGUACUUUCGCCAAUGACGGCGAUACUGUCCUUGGCAAUUAUUAUAUUACUAUUAUGACCAUUGCUUCUAUUACUUUUAUUAUGAGCACUUAGCGGAACAGCGAUCGCGAUUAUCGCCUGUUAUUGUUGCCGAUACCGAUCGCUCGCUAACUUAAUGCCGCGAUGCGGCAGACUAUUAGUUUAGGUCAAGAUCAGCCAGUUACUUUUAUAUUCGUUCUUACAGGAUGCAGGAGUGAUUUCGUUCGCCAUAAAUAGAUACUUGCGCGGUCAUUAUUAACAGUCAAAUAGAGAUCACUUUAAACGAGAUAAACAUUAUAAUAGCACGGGACAAUGUACUUACGACGUUAACGAUUCAUGUUCGUGUUUGUUUUCACAUUAGCUACCCAAAGAUUGGACCAAACUAAUUGACCGAGAUAAAUCGAAGUCCGAAAUGUGUUUCCAGCAUUCGUCAAAAUAGUCGUCAACACUUGUAAAUGUUAGUGACAAAUAUUAUAGGGUACGUUUUGUUUUUAAUAAGAGAUAUAAAUGCAAAAGUUCUCAUAUUCCAAGAGUAAUGAUAAGAGGGUAUACUUCUUGCAUUGUUGUAAUGCCUUAUUCAAUUGGAAAAUUUGAAUUUUUGCUCUUACAUCGCUUAUAUUAUAUAAACAUUAUUGUAGGUAAUACUUAAGUAAUUUUUCCGCACGAGUUAAAUAAUGUAAGUUUCUUUCCCUCUUUCUCUCUCGCACACGAACCGAUCAAUUAGAUGAUCCUGUUCGACUGAUGUUUCAAUGACACGGCUAUCCAUUCGUAUUAUUUUCGUAAUCGAAAUUUGUCGACAGAGUAUAUUUUGGUUUUUAAAUGUUUGAGUUAUAUAUUAUUGCGUACAGUUAUUGUUGAGUAUAUUAUCUUUGCAAUGUUAACAUUUUUUCUGUCGUGCUUCUUUAUUUUCGUUUUUUUUUACAUGCCGAAAGUCGAACUUGUACGUUUUUCUUUAGUUUGUUUAUUCAAACAAACUAAAGUGUUUUCUCCUUUAUAAAAUGUAUACGUUAUUUUGUUUAUUAAAAAAUGGAAUGCGUCUCGAUCGGAGAUAUCCAGAUGAUAUAACAUGUGUUCAAUUAAAUGAAAAUUUUUUCUUACUUUCAGCACGUUGAGCGUUGCUUAAUAUUUGUGUAAUUAGCGAUGUAAACAUUGCUAAUAUUAACAUAACAUGUAUUUUGUUAAAUGGUGUCGCUUUGGUCGUUGCGAACAUAUUGCAAUGUUCAAUAUUUAAGUAAUUGCGAGUGUUUGUGCAUGUAGAAUAUAAUUUCCCAAAACAUGAAUUUAAAAAAAUUAAAAUUGAAUGAUUGCUACAACAUAUGGUUAUAUAUGUUUUAAGAUCAUUGAGAUGCUCCGAAAGAGAUGUUAUUGAUUGUACUUUUUUGGACUUAAUCCUGACGAUCGAAGGACAAUCGUGAAUGCGAGUAGAGUAUCGAGACUUAUCGCUGUGGUUACUCCACGCGCACAUUGCGAUGGCUUUCCACGUACGCUCACAUUUGGGCAUUAAAUGUAUUUUGUGUAUGUAUCUCUGUACACGUACGGAUGUAUACAUAUAAUGUGAGUGUUGCGUGUGCGAUGGUCCUCAUCGCCUUUUGUUGCGUUUAAUGCGCGUUUAACGCCGUUCCGCGUUUGAUUCUUAAUCCUUCAUCUUUUGUUUAAUUCAUUCUGUUUUGUUCUUUCUUUUUUCUUGAAUCGCUGAUCAUUCUAUGAUUUUAAACGGUUGGCGAGGAAACUGCGAAUAUCGUGUCGUUGAGUAUACUUAUAUAGUUUUUUUUUCUGUUCCGCUUGGUCUACAACGCGAUCAGCAUGUGGCGUAUGUUGGAAAUAACAAUAUAUGUAUUUAUUUUAUUGUUUUAAUUUUUUUCUUCGCUUUAUAUAUUACCGCUCCCACAAUCCUGAUCCCUUGAUUUGUCCGCUCUAGCGAAAUCCAUAGAAAAAGCUACAGAGUACCCAGCCGUAUCUUUCUUCGUGUAUAUAUAUUAUACUACAAACUCGAUCUAACCCCUUAAUGAUUUUUUGGAUAGAUAUACGAAGUUGUUAUAUAUAAUUAGUCAAUAUUCAUUCAUUCAUGAAAAAUAAAUUGCUAAACAAUUUAUUUAAAAUGUGAUAUCAAAUACGAUAUAACAUCAUUGCGAUAAUGUUGGAUCGUCAAUUGAUAAAUAUUAAAUAACCAAGAUUUUUAUAGAUUCGUAAUAUACGAUUUAAGGGGUUAAUCAAUCGUGAAUCAAUAUUAGCUUCAUAUAGAUAUUUAUUUCAUUGUAUAUAACUAUAUGUGUAUAGCGUGCUUCGAAACUGCUAAUGAUAUACGAUUGCAACUGACACAAACAAUUUAUAUAUAUAAAUAAUUAAAUUUUUUUAAUAACACAUAAUUUUUUAAUUUGUUCAAUUCUGUUAGAAUUUUUAUUUUGUAAUAUUAACGGAGUUAUUUGUUUUACAAAUUCCAUAUAAGUUUCACUUUGAAAGAUGACAAAUUCGGUAAUUACUUUCAUCUUUUUCGGACUAACAAUAAUUUUAUAUAUUUAUUAUCCAUAUAUUCUUUUGUACAAUGUACAACUUAUAGUGCACUUCCAAAAUAAACGGCUUAUGUUAAAUUAUUUAUUUUAAUGCUCACUAUAUCCGUUACAUGUAUUACUAUCAUUUUUAUUUAUUAACUAUUAUUUACUAACUCGAUACAAACUCUACCUACAAUGAGUAAAUUAAAUGUUUUACAAGCGAGUGCUUUUGCCUGUACUAAAAUAUGACUUGAGCUGAGGUUUCACACUGUUGCAAUUUCGUUUCUUUAUCAUACCGAAGGAUCAAGAUAAAAUGCAUGUAAUGAUCUACAACUAAUAUGAGAAACAGAAUAUUCGGGCAAUUGUUCAAAUAAAGUUUUAAAUGACUGAUUCAAUGGCCCAUUACGGCAAAUUAUCUCGAGUUUGAUGUAAUAACAUAGUGCUAGAAAUGUUUUCUCUUUCAGGGAGAAGCCAAUCGGAAAUGUCACUUUUCUAUCAAUCUUGUCACUUUUAUAUAUCGUAUAAGUAUUGUACAUAAACUAACAAAAUCAUGUCAUUUAGUGCGGGCACACGAGAAUGCACGUUACAUUUGUUUUUAGAAAGUUCUUUUAUUUAUGGUUUUUAAGUUAAAUAUAAGAUUAUUAUGUCGAAUUUAUUUAUGAUUAAUAUAUAAUUAAUUAAGUUUAUAUAUAUAAUAUUUCUAUUGUGUUCCUACAAAGCGCUCAUGCCAAUGUUGAAAAUGGUAUUACCUCAAGUCGAUAUCUGAAUUUAACACUUAUCACUUAUACAAUAUCGGAGAUUUGACAUAAAAAGGCUUUCACUCUUACAAGCCAUUGUAUUUUUAGAAAAUUAAUUUUCAUUAAAAACAAUUAUGUGCCAAGAUAUUAAUAACAGAAGGCCAGUUAUUUGUAAGAAUAUCUGUAAAGUACAAAAGUGUAAAGAGAAGUUUUUGUAAGUAAAUAAAAUAUAAAAUAUUUCUGAAAAUGUAUGUAAUUUCUCUUUCAAGAUAUUAUUUUCUAAUGUCAAAAGAUUGUUUUUUUGUGUCAAAACUUCGAUUACGUGAAUAUGCACAAGCUGCAUUCUUUCUUUCGGCGCUCAUGCUAAAAUAUAAGUUGUACAAAAUGUGCACGCACAUCAGCAACAAUCACGAACUAAUAUAUAAACUGUACAUAAUCGUACCUAGUACGUAAGGGUAUUUUUUGUACGCAACGGAAUUCCGAGUUAUUGUGCCGUUACAUGAUCAAUUCUGCGAUGGUCUCUAUAGAGAAUAACGUGUGUUCACAGUGGCGCAUAGAAGAUCGAUGCCUAGACUUAAUUUUAAUAAACCAAAUUUUCUGGGGGAAAACAUUCAAAAAAGUUGAGGAAUCAAGUCCUUGUACGGCAUUUUCUCAAAGUUGAAAAUAUCUAAAUAUCCAAAGAAUAUGAAAAGAUCCUUUAUAGGGACAUUACGACAUUUACCAUCAACAAAUUCUUUAAAUAAUGUAUAUUGUAUAAGAUUGAUUAUUUCUUGAUUGAUUAGUUUAGACAUUUAUUUAUAAACACGAGAAAAAGUGAAAACUGUUCAUAUAAGUAAAGCAACGGAUACUUAUAAUGAAUAACAGAAUCGUGUCUAUUACGCAUUUUAAGUGGGCUUUUCUUUCAUAAAUGUUCAAAGAAGAAUAUCACCUAGAAAAAUUGUUAAAUAAGAUCCCGAGACACGUCUAGAAGAAAACUACUUUAAUACGAAAUAAUUGUGUUUUUCUCCGAUGCAGCAUCCCUGUUCAAUGAGAAAAUUACGAGUAUCGAGAGAAUUUAUGUAUCGAUGCACCGGGGAGGGUGGAACGAAUUAACGACGGCUGCCGAGUUGGUUACUCUUAUCAUGUAAAUACCAGUCAUAAUGUUGCGUGUUUAACUUGUAGAGGCGAAUCCAUGUAACUACUGUAAAUAGCAACGUUUAACAGGGGGGACCACGUUGCGCGUUCCCAUCUCUGACGGAACUCCGCCACUGUGUAUACGCGUCAGCGAUUACUUCAGUGGAUACAUGGAAACGUAACAGGAUAGUAUGGAAAGUUAUGUAUAGUCUACGUAUAGAAUAUCCAUAACGUUACUUAUGCAAAUUAUGGCUCGAUUUAGUACUAAAUGUGCAGCCGCAUGAUUCUCAGUUCGUAAUAACAUUAAAAGCGAGUAUUGAAAGAAAGGGCAAUACUAAAUCUGUUACAUCAUUAAACUAAUAUUUUUUACAGCUGCUGGAGUCGCUGGGCAAUAAAUUUUUUAUCAAGAAUAUCUCUUAGAAGAUGCGAACGGAUUGCUUCAAUGUGUGUUAUGUAUUCUGUGCGUAGACUAUAGUUUACACGGACAUUAAAUACUGGAUAUGAAGGAACAAACCCUGAGCUAUGCAUAUGUGUAGAGAGAAAAAUUACGAAAGUAACGAGUUAGAUGUUAUUUGUUUUUGGUAUCCUGAGGUGUAUCUUUGAAGCAUUCUUUAGAUCUCGCAAACCACACUCAUCGACGGAGAAGAGGCGCAACGAUGACGAAGCUUAUUGUCAAUGGCAGUCGACUGAUUGUUUAAUUGCAUCCGUAAUUCGCGCACAGUGAAUUUGUAGCUAGUAUAGGUAUUUAAAGAAUUACAUUUAAUCUGCGAAUAAUUGCGCCUGCAAUUAAAAUUUCUCAGUCGAUCGGAAUUAAGGAUCAUUAUCAAUCUUUGAGAUGUGUGUUGCUCUCGACGUUCGAUCCCUACGAUAAGGGGCCCUUUCUAGACCGCAAGUGCAUGUGGACAAAAAUUGUGCGAGUAGCGAAAUACCUUACAUAUCCAUGACAUAUACUAUGAAGAGUGCUAACUUGGAAUACAUGUCUAAUUUGGGACAUAUGCGAAAACGAGUAACGUUAAUUAAUUGGUGAAGAUAAUCGAUUUCUCGUUUUUACAAAAGUAUUAGAAAAAUUAACAAACACCGAAAAAGUAUAGAAAUCGUGUAAAAAAUGUAUAACUUUCUACUUUCAGAAAAAUGUAUAUUAUCCCAAUUUCAGUGUAUGUAAUUUAAGUAAGCACAUUUUAUAACGUAUUAAUACAAAAAAAGAUAUUUAUUGAUAUCUAAAAUAACUAAAAGCUUCUUACUUUUUGCAUUAAAUAUGAACUAUCAUCGUUUAUUAUUUAUUAAACUCAUAUUGUAAUUUCGUUCCCCACGUCGCUCGCGUCUAGAAACGAUCCUGCAUAUUAAUCGUAUAUAAGUAUUGACUCGUAAACUCAGCUAUGUAAACCCGGUUGACUCGAAGAAAAGCGCGAAUCAAAUCGACUUACUUCGAACACUUCAAUCAAACCAAAUACUUGGACGCAAAUUAAAACAUCUCCGCUGCGAAUGAAUCACAGUAUUCAAAAUAUCGAUCGAAAAGUUUUGCGUAUUUUCAAUAUUUUUAUGCACUCUCUCAUUAAUUAAUUUAGAUUAUUUUUAUUCAUAGAUUUUAGUAAAACAAAUUUAAUUAUUAUUGUUGUAUCAGAAUAAACGUUAAUUUCACUUUUUUUAUCAUAUAGUAUUUGUUGCACAAAUUCAGUUGUAAAUUACUGGACAUGAGCGUUAUUGGACGGUGCAAUUCUCUUUCAGCAACUAAAUCGUUGAUGACAAUUUGUCGAAAAAAUUAUGCAGUCUAGUCGAGAAAGAUAGUCUUAAUGUCAGGAAUGCGAAUGAAAAAUUCUGAUCAGAUAAGAACGAAUCUACGUGCAGAUUGUUUUUCUAUCUCGAGAUACUUAUUCUGACUGCGAGAUACGAGUUAAGGAUAUGAAAUAGUCAAAUAAGUCUCUAGAUUAAUCUUAAUCUCGCUGACACGGGUGAUAAUAAAAGAUUUGCACGUAUAUAUAUGUAAUAUGAUAGCGUCGGGUUUAUGGUCUCGUGAUGGAGCAGCAACUUUAUUUCUAGUGGAAAGUUGUUGCUUUAUCAUUGUAGCGAAGCGCUUUAUCAAUUUUAAUUUAUAAAAAAUUUAAUAAUUUCUUUCUCUAAAUUGCACUUUAUGUGUCCAUAAAUCCGCCGCUAGAUUUUAAUAAGAGUAGUAUUGCGCGUUACGUACGUGAUUAAGAGAUAAUUGAUUGUCCAUGAGAAACUUCUGUAGAGUUUGGAAAAUAUAUAGCCAAUUUUACAAAGAUGUACAAAAUUUAACAAGCGAUUUACAACAAGCACUAUUUUCCAAAAUGUUCAGCAUUGAAGAUCAUGGCUUAUUUUUAUCUGUACAUCACUCAAUACGUCAAUCGAAAAUGACUUUCUAACUUAAUUACUAAAAUGCUGUAAACAAUACUAUAUUAUGUGAACAUUUAUACUUAACUAUAUUUUAAAGAAACCUUACUUUUUUAUCAAAUACAGAGAACAUGAAUUUUUAGAUUAUUAUUUGAUUACAAGAAAGUCUGCAAUUUAUUUCAUUAAACACGAUCUAAUGUGCAAUUUCUUCUUUUUUACAUUUUUGACAAAAUUUUCACUAAUGAUCAAGAUUGCGGGCUGUUGAUGUCGUGCACUUUUUAGAAAAAACAAGCUAGGAUAAAGAAUAUGAGCGAAAAGCGAGUCGCAAAGUGAAGAUUAUAUGUUUUCGAUAUACCGAUGACAGUGUCCUGUUCGAGUUCUGUCCAGAGUUCUGUAUAAUCGUUGUAACAAGCGGUGGCGAUCACGCACGAUCGAGCAACUCGCAUCGACAUAGUAAUUAACACGACUUCUAGGAUAGUGUAACGUUUAUCGGGCAAGCUACGAGUCAUGGUGUUUAAAUAUAGCGACCUUUUAGAUUUUAUAUAUCGCGUGUGUGAGAAUAUGCAGAGCGCGUGCGACAGUGAGAAAUGCGCGUGUAAAAAUGCGUGUAAGCGCGCGCAUCACAGAAUUUAGGUUCGGCAGGUUAAUAAAUCGUAUUUUCGAGAUAAA